GCCCGAGAUGCUGCUGGAGAGGGUCCGCGCCGGCUCGGAGAAGGCAGCGGAGCUCUGCCCCUUCCCGCGGAGCCCAGAGAUCCCGCUGUGCGCCGGCUGCAACCAGCACAUCGUGGACAGGUUCAUCCUCAAGGUCCUGGACCGGCACUGGCACAGCAAGUGCUUGAAAUGUUCCGACUGCCAGACGCAGCUGGCCGAGAAGUGCUUCAGCCGCGGGGACGGCGUGUACUGCAAGGAGGAUUUCUUCAAGCGCUUCGGGACGAAGUGUGCCGCCUGCCAGCAGGGCAUCCCCCCGACCCAGGUGGUGCGCAGGGCUCAGGACUUCGUGUACCACCUGCACUGCUUCGCCUGCAUCGUCUGCAAGAGGCAGCUGGCCACCGGCGACGAGUUCUACCUCAUGGAGGACAGCAGGCUGGUGUGCAAGGCUGACUACGAGACCGCCAAGCAGAGAGGUACCGCGUGCCCCUCGCCCCCGGGGAUGAGAGAGGCGGCUCCGGGCCGCCCUGCCGUCGGGGCCCCUCUCGCGCACAGGGUUGGGCAGGAGGGAGGGCGGGGGUCCCAGGUCCCCACGGGGAGCUCCGAGCUAACCCGCACCGUGUCGGCAGAGGCCGAGUCCACGGCCAAGAGGCCCCGCACCACCAUCACGGCCAAGCAGCUGGAGACCCUCAAAAACGCCUACAACAACUCGCCCAAGCCGGCGCGGCACGUCCGGGAGCAGCUCUCGUCGGAGACGGGGUUGGACAUGCGGGUGGUGCAGGUCUGGUUCCAGAACCGCAGGGCCAAGGAGAAGCGGCUGAAGAAGGACGCGGGGAGGCAGCGCUGGGGGCAGUACUUCAGGAACAUGAAGCGGUCCCGGGGGACCUCCAAGUCCGACAAGGACAGCAUCCAGGAGGAGGGGCCCGACAGCGACGCCGAGGUCUCCUUCACAGAUGAGCCCUCCAUGUCCGAGAUGAGCCACUCCAACGGGAUUUACAGCAAUCUCAGCGAGGCGUCCCCGGCCCUGGGGAGGCAGGCUGGGACCAACGGGGGCUUUGCUCUGGAUCACAGCGGCAUCCCAGCUCAGGACCAGUACCACGACCUGCGAUCCAACAGCCCCUACGGGAUUCCCCAGUCACCAGCUUCCUUGCAAGCUCUGCCAGGCCACCAGCCUUUAAUCUCCAGCUUGGUUUACCCCGACAGCGGCUUGGGCAUCAUGGGACAAGGCGGACAGGGGGUGCCCCAGUCCAUGCGGGUCCUGGCCGGGAACGGACCCAGCUCCGACCUCUCCACCGGCAGCAGCGGGGGAUACCCGGAUUUCCCCGCCAGCCCGGCCUCUUGGCUGGAUGAAGUCGACCACGCUCAGUUUUGAUACAGGAUCCGCCGCCGUGCAGCGGGAAGGGAAAGGCCUCGGCGCUGUCAAACGUCAACUACUCGUGGGGAAAAAAGGAGGGACGUGCUGGGCGCCGCGCGGGCAGGAUGGCAUGGCCGCCCGCAGAGCGUGGACGUGCGGAGGGCGAGCUGGUGGAUGGUGGGCAAAGGGAGACGUGGCGCAGCAGUUAGCACGGGGAGCUUCCCACGAACCCGGGGAUCGUGUCUUUACUAAACACCGAGACUCGUGCGUUGCAGAUUUGAUAGGAGGUAAUUUGCUUUCUGCUGCCAGCGCGUUCUCCCGAGCAAGGACUUGCUGCAUCGCCCACCCACACCGAAAACCUUUUAAAGAGCAAAUAAAGUCCUCAUCCACGGUGAAAGGUGUGACAAUGUCUAUAUUUCUAUAGGAGAAAUGUUAAUAGCGAAUCACUUCAGA